UCUAAAUAUUUACUUUUUUCAGCAGCAGCAAAAAUUGAAACAAAUACGUAACACGGCAAUGGAGGAGGAACCAAAAAAGGGCUUGACAUUAUUUGGCCGGGAUGUUUCACAAAUACCCUGCUUUCGCAGCAGUUUUAUGUAUGGCAUUAGUGGAGGUGUCGGCAUAGGUUUACUAACCUUCUUGGCCACCUCUCGCACAAAGUUUUCCACACAUGUUGGCUUUGGAACAUUCUUUUGUGGAACAAUAGCUUACUGGUCAUGGUGCAGAUAUCAAUGGUCUGUGCGCCGGUUUGAGUAUGCCCAGCUGGAAAGAGCAAUGAAGCAGCAAACCUUGUAUGAAGGAACAGAGGUGGAAAAACAAUUGGACUUGAAGUCAGCGUAGCAUUUUAUUAAGGGGCUGGAAAUUCUUUAUAACGUUUUUUUUUUGUUGGCUGUUAUUUUUUUAAGUGAAUUUUCAAGAAUUGGAAGUAUUUGUUGAUAAAAAACCACCACUAGAUACAUAAAAAUACGGUGUUGUGAUAUGUUGGAAGAAUUCAUGAAGAAA